GAUUAGUUGCCGGGUCUUUCAAAAUUAGCCAAACGUGACCUUGGCAAUGCUGCGGGAGGUCACGGAUGCCAUUAGCGAGACUACUGCUGACAAUAGGUUGUCCUCAGGAAUUUCUGUCCAUAAAUGUCCCCGAAUUUCCUGCAAUGGAUUUGCAGUCCCGCCUUUAAUGCGUUGUACCUCAUGCCAACAAGUGUGUAAAAUCGAUGGCGAAGUUCUACAGAUGAGUGGAAACUCAUCGGAUGUCAUCCCUCCCUUGAAACACGCGCGUCUGUCUUUUCGACAUCUUGCUGUCCCUAUUCUUAUCGUGAGCGUAGGCAAAUGCGGUAUCUUUGAUGCUCGCCACGGCCCCUGCGUCAUAACUUCUUCGACAUUAACAUUCAAAGCAAAGGUUGAGGGAGAGUGGUCACUCGUGUGCGUAAAGCCGUCGGACAUCCAGGCACUGGUGUUCUGUGAAGAAUUGCAAGUUAUAUUCUUGAAACCGCGUGAAACUUUCAAAUAUUCUCUCACUGCACUCCUCAAGUUAAACGCUUCUCGCACUUACGACCCAGCCUCUAUGAAAUGGAUUAUCCUUGUUCUUGGAGACCAUAUGAACACGUCACCAGACAAACACGUAUCCAUUUCACAGAUGGAAUUGUUUGCUUCUUCAGUCAGAACUGCAGAUGGCUUCUGCAAGAUGGAUUUUACCUUAAUGGAUACCCGGAAGCUGUUGUUUGAUUGUGGCUUACGUCUUCCCAGAGCAGAAGAUCGUCUUCGCGCCACGACAAAUUUAGUAUCGGAACCACCACCUGCUCCUUCGCUUACCCAACCAUCGUCUGUUAGAAUAGAGCACCUCCCAGGAACUGGUGUUGGGGAAGUUCACGAGCAACCAAAUUCGGUCUCCCAGCACAAGACGGAUGGAGGUUUGCUCACCAAUGUCUUGAACACAUUGUCUUCCGCUGGAAUGCAUCUAUUCGGACACUCGAUUCCUUCGAGUAGGAUGCUGACAGAAGCUACUCCUAACAAAGAAAAUGGCAAACAGGAUAAUCAACUUCCAGCCCCACCUGGGGACGACAGCGAUGACCUCAUCAUAUUAUCAGAGGAAAGCACCUGUGGCGAUCGCUCUACUGUACAAACCACCCCUGGUCAAUCCAGCGCCAUACUCAAUAAUUCCCCCAAUUCCAGCCCCGAUGCAGACGAGCAGUCCUUUAAAUUCGACUAUCAACCUCCUGGAUCCACGGAUAGUGUUACGUUGACACAAGCGGACUUGGACUGUCUCGCCCCUGGGGGUCUUUUAAACGACGCCAUUAUCAAUUUCUAUCUGAAAUAUUUGUAUUUUGAACAGCUCACAGAGUCUCAGCGUCGGGCCACCUAUCUGUUCAACUGUUUCUUCUACAGCCGUUUGGCUGGCGCCGUAUCCAGUGCUCCCCCAGGCACCGUUUCCUCUGGCCCGUGUCCCGCAGCCAUUACCGCCAAUGCUGGCGUAUCAGAUUCCAGCGUAGCUCGUCAUUCCAAUGUCGCCAAAUGGACUCGUCGAGUGGAUCUUUUUUGCAAGGACUACGUUAUCAUUCCGAUCAAUGAGGCUUCCCACUGGUUCCUCGGAUUGGUUUGCUACCCCUGGAUGGCCGGAAUGGUCAGCUACACUGCGUUGUAUCGCGCCGCGGCGUUCGAUUUAUGUCAUCUGACAGAGGAAUUUCUCGAUGUGGACAAUAUACAGUUUAUCAACGCACUUGAUAGCAAAAAUAUCAGUCAGGAGCCACUUGAACGAAGACCAACCGAUCCCAAGGGAGCAGCCUUCGAUCGAUGGCGGCGCCGUCGGCUGGCUUGGCUUCGCAAUUGUGGCAUCAAUGCAAUGCCUUGCAUUCUCCUCUUCGAUUCGCUUCCCUGUCAAACUCGUGUGACCAAUUUGCACGUGAUCAGAGAUUAUCUGCAAGUGGAAUGGAAUAUGCGACGCUGUGAGCAAGACGGGCCACUGUAUUUCAACAAAGACACCAUCCGCGGAUUCAGCCCUCGCGUGCCGAGUCAAAGUAACCUAGUCGACUGUGGCAUUUAUCUGCUACAUUAUGUGGAGAUGUUUUUCAAGCAACCCGUUCAGAGUUACACGAAAGAUUACUUCCAGAAUGAAAUGGCCAGUUGGUUUACCGAGGAUACUGUCAGUCAGAAACGAACGGAAAUUCAGCAGCUCCUUCUUCAGUUGCACCAGCAACAUCAACACCCGUAGACGCUCGGCCACAUUCUGUUCCCCUUACUGACUGAUUGACUUCGUGCGCAUAUUUCUCUUCGUCCAAUGUCUCACCGAUUCAUCGCCUCAUGGACCCAGCAACACCUAUAUGCAGCCGACCCAUUCGGUCUGGUGGUUUCCAUCAGCCCUAGCCAUUCCAAACCGUUUUUACCAUGUACAUAUAUUCCCUGCCACCACCACCACCACCACUACUGUUUUCCCCCUCCUCAUCAGGCGCUGGUGUGCCGAUAUUUCGUGCGACGGUUACACGUGUUUGUUGCCUUAUUGUUCUUCUUGUGGCCCCUCCCUGCGGUUUCAUCUCACCACGAUCCAAACCUGUCCACUUGGCUUCUACUUGUGAACUACAACGGCUGGGUGGAUAGGAUCAUUUUUUUACCUUGUCAUUAUUGAGGUUGCCUGGCAACCUCCUCUGUCAACCAAUUUCACUGUGCACAAAUCAGAUGAUUCCAACUCCUCUCAUUCAACAACUAUCUACGGCUCCGCAUUGGGAGACGGCAAACUGUCUAGGCUUUUUCUAUUCAUGCUUGGCGCAGUCCGAUCAGUGUUGAUGCUCCGCGUGUAUUCACUUGCAAACACAGCGGUUAGAUUUU